AAUCUUCUCUUUAAAUACUCGUCUCCAACCCUCAAGCUCUCCUACACCACUCCUGCUUUGCAUCACAAAGAACAGCAGAGGCCAGUUCUCUCUCUCUCUCUCUCUCUCCCUCUCUCUCUCUCUCUCAAUAUAUGAUCGUAUAAAUGUUGUCACACGUUUACAGAUUCCUCAAACAGAACAACGUUAUCCACCUCAAGCUUUUAAUGAUCUUACUAAUGAGCUGUAUACCCGAUAGAAUCGACCUAUCUUCCAACCACUUGGAGGCGACUCCACCAAUACCAUCACAUUUCAACUCCUCUAAUAUCCUUCCGUCUUUGAAAAAACUAUGCUUAGAUGGCUACUUUAGCUUUGAGAACAACCAAUACGCAGCCAGGGACUUUGGUAAUACACACCAUUUCCUUCCAUCAGCAGUUCUGCAUCCAAAAUCCGUUUCUGAUAUUUCCUCCACAAUAAAACAUAUUUUCGAUAUGGGGCCGGGUUCGCAACUUACCGUUGCCGCUAGAGGCCACGGUCACUCCCUCCAAGGUCAAGCACAAGCCCAUCAAGGUGUGGUUAUCAACAUGGAGUCGCUUCAGGAACAGGAAAUACAGAUUUACACUGGGGAGCAACCUUAUGCAGACGUUUCAGGUGGCCAGUUGUGGAUAAAUAUUCUGCAUGAGACGCUUAGAUAUGGGCUUGCACCCAAAUCGUGGACAGAUUAUCUUUACCUCACCGUAGGCGGGACUUUAUCGAAUGCCGGCAUUAGUGGACAGGCAUUCAAGCAUGGACCGCAGAUCAGUAAUGUCUACCAGCUUGAGGUCGUCACGGGAAAGGGUGAAGUGGUUACCUGUUCAGAAAACCAGAAUGCUGACCUUUUUUAUGCUGUCCUGGGAGGCCUUGGACAGUUUGGCAUCAUAACUCGGGCUAGAAUCUCCCUUGAACCAGCUCCAAAGAUGAUUAAGUGGAUUAGAGUUCUGUACUCGGACUUCUCAUCAUUUUCCAAGGACCAAGAACACCUGAUCUCAUCCCAAGAUUCAUUCAAUUACAUUGAAGGAUUCGUGAUUAUAAAUAGAACGGGUCUUCUUAAUACCUGGAGAUCUUCCUUUGAUCCUAAGGACCCAAUUCGAGCAAGCCAGUUUAAUUCAGAAGGAAGAACUCUCUACUGCUUAGAAAUGGCCUUAUACUUUAGUCCAAAUGAGGUGGAUAGUGUGAACAAGAAGCUGGAACGCUUAUUAUCGGAGCUGAGCUAUAUUCAUUCCACCCUCUUUCUAUCUGAGGUUUCUUACCUUGAAUUCCUAAAUAGAGUGCACUUCUCAGAAAGAAAACUUCGACAAAAAGGAUUAUGGGAGAUUCCUCACCCAUGGCUGAAUCUUCUAGUCCCAAAAAGCAAGAUAAACCAGUUUGCCGAAGAGGUUUUUGGCAACAUUCUUAACUACUCUAGCAACGGCCCCAUCCUCAUAUACCCAGUGAACAAAUCCAACAGGUGGAACAAUAAAACGUCCUUGGUUACACCAGAUGAAGAUAUAGUCUACCUGGUAGCAUUCCUAUCCUCUGCAACACCAUUUUCCACCGGAAAAGAUGGCUUAGAAAACAUAUUGACUCAAAACAAAAGAAUACUAGAGUACUGUGCCGAAGCUCGCCUUGGAACUAAGCAGUAUCUGCCUCAUUACAGCACCCAAGAAGAAUGGCGAGCUCACUUCGGCCCUAAAUGGAAAGCUUUUCAGCAAAGAAAAUUGGCCUAUGACCCUUUGGCAAUCCUUGCCCCUGGCCAAAGAAUAUUCCAAAAGGCAAUACCCCUCAAAACACACCUGGCAAACCAGCCACAGAGAAAGUACCCUGCGUCGUUUGGAGCCUAAUGAUUCCCAAACCUGUAAAUUAGUGCCGGUCACGUCGAAAUGUUCUUAGUCUCCACAAAAGACACCAAGCGAAACAGGGAACCUGAGUCUAUUUGACAAUUUUGUUGGGAACUUAAAAAAAUCAGAUCUAUAAUCAAACAUGAUGCUGUAAAAAAAUAGAAAAUUUACCUGUUUAAGGUUGUUUCUCAAUUCUAAAGAUAGCGCAAACCCCCCCUGUAUAUACUAAUAGUGGGCCAGUUAAUUUUAUGUGAUUUGCAUGCCAUAUGUUCAAAUCGGAUGACAAAUUGGUCUACAUGAAUAUGGAAUUAUAUGAUAGUAUAAAAUAGUG